GGCAGUGUGUAGUAGAAGUUGUAGCCCUGGAUUUUAUAGAGAUGGAAGGGUAUGAGCGGUUCACGGAUGGUGAGAGGGAGAACUAUCAGAUCGACUACAGGAGGAUUGUAGGGGACAUGGAGCCUGCCAGACCUCGAAUCCUGAACCAAGAUGGAGAGCAUCCACAUCCUUACAGCACCCACGUCCACCCCACAGUGCACGGACACGGGCAUGAAACAGCAGCUCAGCGGUACAGCGCCACCAGGAUUCAAGCUGGAUACGAACCAGAGAGCAUGGCGGACUACCUGAUCAGCGGGGGCACUGGUUACGUUCCAGAAGACGGAUUAACUGCCCAGCAGCUCUUUUCCAUCGGCGAUGGACUCACUUACAAUGACUUCUUGAUCCUUCCGGGUUUCAUUGACUUCACGUCCGAAGAAGUUGAUUUAACAUCUGCACUGACAAGGAAGAUAACCCUGAAGACGCCACUUAUUUCGUCUCCUAUGGAUACAGUCACAGAGUCGUCGAUGGCCAUCGCCAUGGCAUUAAUGGGAGGGAUUGGGAUUAUUCACCAUAACUGCUCCGCUGAGUUUCAGGCCAAUGAGGUGCGGAAAGUGAAGAAAUUUGAGCAGGGCUUCAUCACAGAUCCAGUCGUGAUGAGCCCCCGACACACAGUAGGUGACGUGUUUGAGGCCAAAAUACGCCACGGAUUCUCCGGCAUUCCUGUGACGGAGACUGGCAAGAUGGGCAGCAAGCUGGUUGGCAUCGUGACCUCCAGAGAUAUAGACUUCCUGUCCGAGAAGGACCAUGACCGACCCCUGGAGGAGGCGAUGACGAAAAGAGAAGAUUUAGUGGUAGCACCCGCUGGAGUCACGCUGAAAGAAGCUAAUGAUAUUCUGCAACGAAGCAAAAAAGGAAAACUCCCAAUUGUGAACGACAGUGACGAGCUGGUCGCCAUCAUCGCCAGAACCGACUUAAAGAAGAACAGAGAUUACCCUCUUGCCUCCAAGGACUCUCGGAAACAGCUCCUGUGCGGCGCGGCCAUCGGGACCCGGGAGGACGACAAGUACAGGCUGGACCUGCUCAUGCAGGCUGGAGUCGAUGUGGUGGUUCUGGACUCAUCCCAAGGAAACUCAGUGUAUCAAAUAAACAUGAUCAACUACAUAAAACAGAAGUACCAAGACCUUCAAGUAGUCGGAGGAAAUGUGGUGACGGCAGCACAGGCGAAAAACCUCAUUGACGCUGGGGUGGAUGCUCUGAGAGUGGGCAUGGGCUGCGGGUCCAUCUGUAUCACCCAGGAAGUGAUGGCUUGUGGACGACCACAAGGCACGUCUGUGUAUAAGGUUGCAGAGUAUGCGCGCAGAUUUGGGGUCCCGGUGAUCGCCGAUGGAGGGAUUCAGACGGUCGGACAUGUAGUUAAAGCUCUCGCCCUGGGAGCGUCCACAGUGAUGAUGGGGUCGUUGCUGGCGGCAACCACCGAAGCUCCUGGUGAAUACUUCUUCUCUGAUGGCGUACGUCUAAAAAAGUAUCGGGGAAUGGGCUCGCUGGACGCCAUGGAAAAAGAAAACAGUCAGAAACGCUACUUUAGUGAAGGUGACAAAGUCAAAGUGGCCCAGGGUGUGUCAGGAUCCGUCCAGGAUAAAGGCUCCAUCCAUAAGUUUGUCCCGUAUCUCAUCGCUGGCAUUCAACAUGGCUGCCAGGACAUCGGAGCCAAGAGUUUGUCCAUUUUACGGUCAAUGAUGUACUCUGGAGAGCUGAAGUUUGAGAAGAGGACCAUGUCUGCUCAGAUGGAGGGGGGAGUUCACGGCCUGCACUCAUAUUCUUUUGUACCAUUUAUGAAAAGCGGCUUUACUGAUGGCUCCGGAGGAAGAGGAAGCGCUCGCUCGGGUCCUAAUGUACCAGCUCCCGCCGCCCUGAACAGACACAUGUGAUACAAAGCUGACGCUCCUCCCAAGAUGCUGCCUUCCAACCUCCCUUAAAUGAGUGAGAUGACAACUGACAAUCAAGGUCACAAGUCUUGUGAUGGAUGAAGGAACAUCCUGUUUAACUAACUGCAGUAUUAUAGAAGAGAUUCCUGUUGACUAUAUUGGUGGUAGUAUUGAUGGCGUGUCAUAAAACAGUAUUGCAGCACUGGUGAAACUGUCUCCUGAAUUUCAGAGGCCACUAGAUGGCGCCAGUGGUUGAGAAAUGAUGUGAGAUGUCAUUGAAUAGGUUGUUCAAGUCCAAUUAUUUUACAGCAGACAGUGCCAUCUGGUGGCCUCUGAAAAUAAGGGCACUGUUGUUUCGUGAAACCUCAUCACCCCUUCAAUACUGCGUCAUGAAACCUCAUCUACCAUCUGUAUUGGGCUGCAAUACAUAACGAUUUUAGCUCAUACUUGUAAGCAUCUGCUACAUUUGUCAUAGCACACUUUAAACAAAACAUAUAUUUUAAAAUACUCAUUUUAAGCUGCUGUUGAAAGUUAUUGAUCUGAUAAAUAGAGUAAUGAUUGUAUAUAUUUUAAUCUACUUAAAUCCAUUUUCAAUGACAAUUCAAAAAAUACGUAAGAGCAUAUUUCACCUGAAAAACCUAUGUAUUUUAUUGUUUUUUGAAUGUACUAGUUAGGAGAAUUAAGCUUGAUGUCUGAUGUGUAUUAUCUAGUUAAUUCUUGAAAAUUUCAACUGAGAGCUGUAUCAGUCACAGAACAAACUAGAGAAAAAUAUUUUAUUCAGAACAGCGCCAAUGUUGUACAAACAGCAUUAGUGUUCCACAGUGGACAAAUAUUGAAAGCGCUCUAUUUUCAUGACAUUUUCAAUAAAAAAAAAGUUUA